AUGGUGGGAAAGAGGCCAAACAUUUUGGUCACUGGUACACCAGGAACAGGAAAGACAACUACGGCAACUGCGCUGGCCGAAGCCACUCAACUCCGCCACAUCAAUAUUGGAGAACUGGUCAAGGAGAAGAACUUGCAUGAUGGUUGGGAUGACGAGCUUGAUUCUUACAUUCUUAAUGAAGACUUGGUAUGUGAUGAACUCGAGGAUGUUAUGGAAAACGGAGGGAACAUUGUGGACUAUCAUGGCUGUGAUUUUUUUCCUGAGCGAUGGUUUGAUUAUGUGGUUGUACUUCAGACUGAUAACACCAUUUUGUAUGACCGUUUAACCAGAAGAGGGUACAAAGAAUCAAAGCUUUCCAACAAUGUCGAAUCUGAAAUCUUUCAAGUUUUACUUGAGGAGGCUAAAGAAAGUUACGCGGAGGACAAAGUUAUUGCAUUGAAAAGCAACACUAUUGAAGACAUUGAUAGUAAUGUUGCAACUCUGACAGAUUGGGUUAGAAACUGGUCUAUAUAG